CCGAGGCGUCGGGGCGCGCGGUUGUUCCCUCAGGGCUGAUUGCGGGCUGCUAGCGAACCGGUUGUUACGUACCCUUGUGGGUACUUGCAAAUUUAUGACAAAGGAGUUUCCAACAAUGCUAAAAUCAAAUGACGACUUGUUUCCUGUGGAUAAUUUAUUUUUCGAAAACUCAGAUGAAGUUGAAAAAUUUCCAGACAGUGAAAAAUCACUGGAUUGGUUUCUCCCCCCUGCUCCAUUGAUUUCAGAAAUCCCAGAUACUCAGGACUUAGAGGAAGAAAUCGAAAGUCAUAAAUUGUUAGGUCAAAGAAAGAAGCCAAAACUGUUAACAUCAAAUUUAAAGAUUACUAAUGGAGACACAAGUUAUAUUUUGCCAACACAAAAAUUCAAAUUUACCUCUAAUAAAUAUGAACAAGAUUAUCUAAAUUUUGAACAAGUAGAUAACACUGACUUAUCAUAUGUUUCUGAGAAGUUGACAUAUGGGUCUUCUCAGAGAUAUAAAACUCACAUGGGCACUGAGAUAGCACCUGAGAUAAAUGUUUCUGAUGAUACAAAAUUAGUUAAUAUUGUAGAAGAUAAAGGAGAAAGCACAUCAGCAUUCCGAAAAAGAUUAUUUAAAAUAUGUGACAAUAUACAUGGAAGUGCUUACUCUAAUGACAGUGCAAAUAUGGAUUCUCACUUUGGCUCAGUGGAAAAUUUCCAAACUGAAAUGAACAAAGGGGAACCGGGGAACUACAGCAGUAAUAUGCAGAAACCUCAGUAUUGUACAAACAUAUUUAAAGCAAAUGACACUUUUCCUGGUUCUAAAAUUGGAGGCGAUACAUUCAAAGUACCAUCUUUCUCAGUUGCAUUCCAGCCUCAUGAUAUUCAAGGAAUAACCGAAAAUGGCAUAGAGUCGUUGAAGGCUGUCACAGAAAUCCCGGUAAAAUUUAGAGGUAUUUUCAAAGAAUUUCCAUAUUUCAACUACAUACAGUCCAAAGCAUUUGAUGAUCUUCUUUACACAGACAGGAAUUUUGUGAUUUGUGCUCCAACUGGUUCUGGGAAAACUGUAGUGUUUGAACUAGCUAUAACAAGAUUGUUAAUGGAAGUACCAUUGCCAUGGUUGAACAUUAAAAUUGUUUAUAUGGCACCAAUAAAAGCCCUGUGCAGUCAACGUUUUGAUGACUGGAAGGAGAAAUUUGGACCAAUAGGAUUAAAUUGUAAAGAACUCACUGGAGAUACGGUCGUGGAUGACUUAUUUGAGAUUCAGCAUGCUCAUAUUAUUAUGACAACUCCAGAAAAAUGGGAUAGCAUGACUAGGAAAUGGAGAGACAACUCUUUGGUCCAGCUGGUUCGACUAAUUCUUAUUGAUGAGGUACAUGUUGUAAAAGAUGAAAAUCGUGGCCCAACACUUGAAGUCGUAGUCAGCAGGAUGAAAACUGUACAGUCUUUAUCUCCUCCUUUAGAAAAUAAGAACAAAAGUAUUCCAAUGAGAUUUGUAGCUGUGUCUGCAACAAUUCCAAAUGCUGAGGAUGUAGCAGAAUGGCUUUCAGAUGGCGAAAGACCUGCUGUAUGUCUGAAAAUGGAUGAGAGCCAUAGACCUGUGAAACUUCAGAAAGUGGUCCUGGGAUUUCCCUGCAGUAGUAACCAAACUGAAUUUAAAUUUGAUUUAACCCUCAACUACAAAGUUGCCAGUGUUAUACGAACAUACUCUGAUCAGAAACCUACACUUGUGUUUUGUGCAACAAGAAAAGGUGUGCAACAGGCUGCUUCUGUUCUUGUGAAAGAUGCUAAAUUUGUUAUGACUAUGGAACAGAAACAAAGGUUACAGAAGUGUGCAUAUUCUGUAAGAGAUUCAAAACUCAGAGAUAUCUUACUAUAUGGUGUUGCUUAUCACCAUGCUGGCAUGGAGCUAUCAGAUAGAAAAGUAGUUGAAGGAGCUUUUACUGUUGGAGAUCUACCAGUUCUUUUUACUACCAGUACUUUAGCUAUGGGAGUAAAUUUGCCUGCUCAUCUAGUAGUUAUAAAAUCUACAAUGCAUUAUGUUGGAGGAACGUUUGAAGAAUACAGUGAAACAGAUAUUCUGCAGAUGAUUGGGAGAGCAGGUCGACCUCAAUUUGACACUACAGCUACUGCAGUUAUUAUGACUCGCUUAAGUACAAGAGAGAAGUACAUUCAGAUGUUAUCUUGCAGUGACACUGUAGAAAGCAGUUUGCACAGACAUCUUAUUGAACAUUUAAACGCAGAAAUAGUAUUGCACACCAUCACAGGCGUGAAUAUUGCUUUGGAAUGGAUACGGUCAACCUUGCUUUAUAUCAGAGCUUUGAAAAACCCAACUCAUUAUGGUUUUACAUCUGGGCUGAACAAAGAUGGAAUUGAAGCAAAAUUACAAGAAUUGUGUUUGAAGAAUCUGAAUGACUUAUCAUCCCUGGAUUUGAUAAAGAUGGAUGGAGAUGUUAAUUUCAAACCAACAGAGGCAGGAAGAUUGAUGGCUUGGUAUUAUAUUACAUUUGAAACAGUGAAGAAAUUUUCUACAAUCACUGGAGAAGAAACUUUAUCAGAUCUGGUUGCGAUGAUAGCCAGCUGCAACGAAUUUCUAGAUGUACAAUUAAGGAUAAAUGAAAAGAAAACACUGAAUACUUUGAACAAAGAUCCAAAUUGGACAACUAUUAGAUUUCCAAUGAAAGGAAGAAUUAAAACAAGAGAAAUGAAAGUAAAUUGUCUCAUUCAGGCUCAGCUGGGAUGCAUUCCUAUACAAGAUUUUGCUUUGACACAAGAUAUCUCAAAGAUUUUCAGAAGUGGCUCACGAAUAACAAGAUGGUUGUCAGAUUUUGUGGCUGCUCAGGAAAAGAAGUUUGCUAUAUUACUGAAUAGUUUGAUUUUAACUAAAUGCUUUAGGUGUAAACUUUGGGAGAACUCUCUGCAUGUAUCCAAACAACUGGAAAAAAUUGGUAUAACAUUGUCAAAUGCCAUGGUAAAUGCAGGUUUGACUUCCUUUAAGAAAAUAGAAGAAACAGAUGCAAGGAAACUUGAACUAAUUUUAAAUAGACAUCCCCCUUUUGGGACCCAGAUAAAAGAAGCUGUGAUGUAUCUACCAAAAUAUGAACUUGAAGUAGAACAGAUUGCAAGAUAUAAUGAUGCUAAGGCAGAAAUAUUGGUGACUGUCAUAUUAAGAAACUUUGAACAGCUACAAACUAAAAGAACAACACCGAAUUUUCACUAUACUACCUUAAUCAUAGGUGAUGCAGAUAAUCAAGUGGUUUUUAAGCAAAAAAUUAUGGAUUCUGUUUUGAUAAAAACUGGAAAUUGGACUAAAAAGAUUGAUGUGAGGCGAGCACUUAUAUCUGAAGAUCUUAGCAUAAAUCUAAUUAGCUCUGAUUUGGUUGGACUUGAUAUUCAGCAGAAAUUUACAGUCUUUUACUCAGGACCCAAAUGGUUUGGAAAUCAAUUCAUUAUACAAAGAAAAUCAGAAACAGAGAUUUCUCAUUCUAAAUAUCUGGAUAGAUCUACUGUAGGAGGACCUAAUAAAGGAAUGACUGUCUGCAAAAAACCUGGGAACAGAGAAUGCAAUCAUCAUUGUAAAAGUAAACAUACAUGUGGACAUGAUUGCUGUAAAACUGGAGUUGCACAGAAGUCAGAGGUAAAAGAGACAGCAAUUUCUUCAUAUUUAUCUGAUUUAAGAAACAGGAAUGCUGUCUCAUCUCUUCCUCCAGUUAAACGUCUCAAGAUGCAGAUGAGUAAGUCUCAUAGUGUGGACCUUCAAGAGUUUGGUUUUAUUCCAAAGCCUUCUCUUCCCAGUAUAUCAAGGUCAGAAUAUUUAAACAUGCCUAUAAUGGAGCAAUAUAAUCAACAUGAAAUCUGUGGAAAGGUUCAGCAAGAACUAUCUGAAUAUCAAGGCAAAGACUUUUCUAGAUGGAACUGUUCUACAACUUCAAAUGAGGAAGCUCCUCAAACAGCGGUGUUCAACAGAAAUUUUAAUGUAUCUGGAAAACAAAAUUUGACAGAUGCAGAUAAAAGCUACUCUUCAUUUUCAGAAGUUUUGAAUGUGAACUUUGAAUUGGGAGAUGAAGUUUGGGAUGAUUUUGAUGAUGAAAACUUAAUAGAAGUUACUAGCUUUUCAACUGAUACUGAGAAGACAAAGGCAUCAGGAUUUGGAAACACUUUAAGAUCAAGUACCAGGGAAAGUAAAUUACCCCUCCAGGAGUCAAAGAGCAAAUUCCAAAGAGAAAUGUCAAACAGUUUUGUUUCAUCACAUGAGAAGCCAAAUACUUAUUUAUCAAAUUCUGCUGAGGACAAGUUUGGUGCAUCCUUCUUGACUCACUUACCUCAACAAGCUGAAAAUACAGAUAUUGUCCAUUUACAAGAAAGAAAACAAGAUCUGUCACCAGUGAUUGAGAGGUUAUACUUCCCUCACUCCAAAAAAAAUCCAAAAUCUUCAAAUUUUAUGAAAAUGGAUUCUUUUACUAGAAACAGUGACUCUAAAAAGGAAAUUGAUUUCAGUAGGCAUCAUCCUGAUGAUGAAGCUAAUGAAAUGAAGUCUUUUCUGGGAAUAUUUGAUGAUAUUUUCUAAAACAAACCCCAAAAUUUUUCUAGUAAUAAGAUGAAGUAUGAAGAUACCUAAUCACAAAGCAUGUUUUGUUUUUAAAAAGUAAUUCAUAAUUGUGAAGAAUUUUUCCCCGUGAACUUAAUCAGAUUUGUUGAUUUUUUUAACAACAACAUAUAUGGACUAUUUCAUUUUUCAGUUGUAUUGUAACUUCUUUUGUUUCAAUAAACUAAUAAUUCAAUUCCA